CGCAUCAUCUCGGCUGCGGUGUUUUUGUCUCCGUCAGUGAGCGCUCCUCCCGGGCCGAGGCGGCUGAAAGGAUUCCACAGGGCAGGUGCUGACUGUAAGAGUGCAAGAAAAGGAAGCGACAGCAAGGAGCCUGGGGAGGAGAGAUCCCGUCCUGGAGCAGCUGGUGAGAGUUGGAGGGUGACACGGACUCAACAUGGCUCAGGUGCUGCACAUGGACCCGGGCUUCCCAGGGAAGCUCAACCCUCCCGCCCCCCCCUCCCUGCACGCCAAGGAACAGGAGGCCAACUACUCAGUGGAGACCCCCUACGGCUACCGUCUGGACCUGGACUUCCUCAAAUAUGUUAACGACAUAGAGAAGGGGAACACCAUCAAGAAGGUGCCCAUCCAACGCCGCCCCCGCUAUGGCUCCCUGCCCCGCGGGUACGGCUACACCGGCUCCUGGUGGACCUCCACCGAGUCUCUGUGCUCCAACACCAGCAUGGACAGCCGGCACUCCUCCUUCUCGUACUGCGCCCCGGGUUACCACACGUCGCAGAGGCCCAGCUUCAGCACGGCCCGGGUGGAGAAGACGCUGCUGGAUGCGCGCAGGAAGCUGGAGGAGGAGAAGGAGGGGCGGAGGUUCUCCAACCUGGGGAGCAUGCACAGCAGCGUGGCCGGCUCCAACACCUCCAUCAGCAGCGCCCACAGCUUCAACCGAGCCCACGGUGGAGGCGGGUCCUACACUCCCAUGAGUUCUGGUCUGUCCACUCCGGUGACGCCCACGCCGGCCCACCUGCAGCACGUCAGGGAGCAGAUGGCGGCGGCCCUCAGGAAGAUCAGGGACUUAGAGGAGCAGGUGAAGACCAUCCCGGUGCUGCAGGUGAAGAUCUCUGUGCUGCAGGAGGAGAAGCGGCAGCUCAGCGUCCAGAUCAAGAGCCAGAAGUUCCUGGGCCACACUCUGGGAUUCAGCCGAGGUCGUCCAAGAGGAGAGCUCUACAUCGACAUCCCUGAAGAGGAGGUGAGCACAGCAGCAAAGAGCAGCACCAAACCAGCAGAGCCGCUGUCCCCGUCCACACCCGAGGGCGCCAAGCAGGACUCCGGCUGCGAGAUCGAGGACACGGUGAUCGUAGCCGGAGCCAGACCGGGGUCGAAGCGGGAGGUGCGCACUAUCGGAGUCGGACCAGAGGACUCGAAGGGAACUCGUCAUGUGGGAGUUGGGGUCAGGGAGGAGGACCUGGGUCUGCUUCCAGAGACGGAGGCUCUCAGGAAUCAAGUGGGUCAGCUGGAGGGUGACUUAAAGAGGACGAUGCAGGACCUGCAGGCGGCGCAGCAGCAGGCGGAGGCGGUGCAGAGGGCGCCGCAGGCCGAGCACCCCGUCAUGGCGACCAGCCUGGGCUGGCAGGAGCCGCAGGGCUGCAGCCUGCACACGCUGGUCAGCUUCACUCAGCUGCCCCGGCAGAGGGAGCAGAGGACUGUGGGGAUCCAGGUGUACACCCUGGAGCAGCCGACCGUGGUGGAGGUGGGAACUCUGCUCCGAGCGGAGACCUGCACGCUCCCCGCUCCUCCACCAGCCGGAGGAGUCCUGGAGCAGCAACACAGAGAGCCGGCUGAAGGUCUGAGUUCACCUGAAGCUCCAGUGCCGCUCGCCAUCAGCUCCAAGGAGGUGCGGGACGUCCUGAAGAGCGAGCUGUCCACUUCGGUACCUGUAGCGUCUCCGGUCGUCGCUGUGGGCGCGCCCGCUGAUCAGAUCAGUGUGCUGGACUCAAAAGAAACAGAGACUCACCUGCUCACAUCCACAGAGGCUGCAGAGUCACAGAACAGCACUCAGACAGCCUCGUCUCCUCCCUCCUCUCUGAGGUCCAUCAUGAAGCGCAGAGAACAAGGGGAACCAGGAUCUCCCUCCAUGAAGAAAAACCUGCAGUUUAUUGGAGUCAAUGGAGGGUGA